ACAAACAGACUGAACAUCUUAAUUAAAAAUCAAGACUGUCACUUCCGGUGCGACCGUCGCUUCUGUCCGGCCGGGCGCUGGAUGCGUUCGGUUCCUCCUUCCUGCAUCUGACAGUCUACACAGCUGCCCCUUGCCUGUUACCAGCGGAAGGGACAUGAGCGUCCCUGGGCCGUCCCCCCCGGACGGGGUCCUGUCAGGGCCCCUGGACUGUCUGGGGGCCGCGGAGCCUACGCUGGGUUUAAGUGACACUUCUCCAGACGAAGGGUUAGUAGAGGACCUGAUGGUAGACGACAAAGCUGUGGAGCAACUGGCCGAAGGAUUGCUUUCUCACUACCUGCCCGAUCUGCAGAGAUCCAAACAGGCCCUCCAGGAACUCACACAGAACCAAGUUGUAUUGUUAGACACACUGGAACAAGAGAUUUCAAAAUUUAAAGAAUGUCAUUCCAUGUUGGAUAUUAAUGCUUUGUUCACUGAAGCAAAACACUAUCAUGGCAAGUUGGUGAAUAUAAGAAAAGAGAUGCUGAUGCUUCAUGAAAAGACAUCAAAGUUAAAAAAAAGAGCACUUAAGCUGCAGCAGAAGAGGCAAAAAGAAGAGUUGGAAAGGGAACAGCAACAAGAGAAGGAAUUUGAAAGAGAAAAGCAGUUAACUGCCAAACCAGCUAAAUGGAUGUGAGGAGUUGGACGUGUGUGUGUGUUCCUUCCCCUAUCCUGUGUUCUUUGGAUGUAAGAUGACUUAAGUGGUGACUGAAGUUAAAGUGGUGCCUUAUACCAGUGUGUCACAUUUUGAAAACCUUUUCCCAGAAGCCCUGUGUCUGCAUAUCUUCAUUUCAGCCUUUAAAGAAGCUUGUUUUCUAAGUAGAAGACAUAAUGUGUGUUGGUUUGGAUAUUUAUAUGUAACUUUUUCAACUUCUCUUUUGCUUAAUUUUAAAAUUCCUUCUUUUGGCUUUGAAUCAUUUAUAAACUGGAGAAUGGUUUGAUUGUUUUAAUAGUCUACACUCUAAGUGGUUAAAAAUCAGUGUGAAUUUUUUAGCUUCUUAAUAAGUGUGGAUUUAAAAGUUGCAGUUUCUUAUUUUAUGAAACGACUUGCCUUUCUGGUGGUACAUUGCUGGAUUUUGGCAAUUGCCUUUUCAUUACUUGGUUAAGAAGAAAUGCCAGCUGGUUAAUCACAUAUGCCGCUGGAAAAGAAGUGGUGUAAGCCCUUGUGCAGAACAUGAUAGAAAGUGUGCACACAGGAAAUAAUAGCGUCUUAGACAUGGGAUAGGUGAACAAGAUGCCAGAUAGACUUGGCUAACUGUAUGCUCUGUCUGCUUCUUAGCAUUGUUGUUGCUGUUUAGUUCUUACGAAACUUCUGGGUUCAAAGGAGAUGAAUCUGUUCCUAAAGUGUGGCUGUGGUGGUGGAACUGUCACACACAAAUGCUUAAAUAUUUGUAAUACUUAGUUGUCACACACUGAGAUACAGUUGUCAAGUGUAUCAGCCCAUCUUUCCAUUUGGUCAUUUAGAUUACGUAUUUCUGUGUCUUCAGGACUUAUUU